AUGACUCGAGGUGGAUAUCGUGCCGAAAAGUUCAUAGGAAGGAGUAAGGCUGCUUAUCGUGCAAAAAUUCUUUCUAUUUCAGCUCCAGUAAUAGAACAGGAUGAUACAAGUUCCAUUCUGACUAUGCCACCCGAUCAAACACCGGUCAUUCCUGAGACAUCUCCUGUUUCACAUAACCAAAGCUGCCCAACAGGCCAGAAUAUGAAUGUUCAAAGCAACACAGCAGCUGAGGCAACAUCUAGUCAGAGAAAUGUAUCUGCUUCAGGAGAUUCCAGUUGUAACAAUGGUCGGACCCUUAUUUUUCUGACUUCUUUAGGGUUGGAACCAUCUUCCAAAUGCUCCAGUUCCAUUACAUUGUCUUUCAAAAGUGAAGUUGAUCCUAAUGGGAUCAACUGGAAAGGUGUUUCACAAGAUGUCAAAGAUGGUUAUUUUAGAGAAUUCAAGAAGAAUUUCUAUUGGGAUGCUUCCGUUAGUGAAGUUCUGGUGAAGCAACAAUGGAUGAAGAAGGCUGCAUUAUGCUACAAGAAUUUUAUUUUCAAUAUAAAGAAGCAUAUAGCUACAGUUCAACCGAAAUUUAUAAAUGACCAUGUGUGGGAAGAGUGGAUGAAACUUUGCUGCUGCUGGUUUUAUGCUACUUUUCCAGUAAGCAGCUGUUUUCCAGAACUGCAACAUACUGCCCAAGAAACCAAUAGUUGCUGCUUUCCAGAACUGCAGUAG